CGGCCAGACAUGAACAUGCGUCGCCCAUCCAUCUCUUGUCAACGCCCUCGUCCGUUUCCCCCGUGAUGACAGAACCAAGCGAGGCUACGCCGCGAGAUCCACCACUCCCGACGUCGUUCCAAAGCCUCGAACUGCGAUUCUCACCUUCGCGGCCACUCGCGCGCAUCCUCUCCGGCGCGCCCCACGCACACCCCCACACCUUCCCGGGCGCGGGCACGCCCGCCGACCCCUUUCUCGUUGACUGGGCGCCGGGCGAGCGCGCGAACCCGUACAACUGGCCACGGCCGUACCGCUGGGCCAUCACGUCCGUGAUCGGCAUCUCGACGCUAUGUAUCGCUUUCGCGAGCUCGGCAUACUCGACCGCCGUGCGCGGCAUUGUAGCCGAGUUCGGCGCUGACCACGAGCUCGUCGUAUCCGGCCUAUCAUUCUAUGUCAUAGGCUUCGGCCUCGGCCCGCUCGUUUGGGCCCCUCUCUCAGAACUGUACGGCCGCAACAUCGCCUUCUACUUCUCCUAUCCCGUGUUCGUGCUCUUCAACCUCGUCGGCGCGCUCAGCCCCAACAUCGCGACGGUGCUCGCGUCGCGCCUCGUGGCGGGGACGUUUGGCGCGAGCCCCAUCACCAACGCCGGCGGGCAAAUCAGCGACAUGUUUCCAGCCCACGAGCGAGCGCUCGCCACGAGCUUCUUCAGCCUCGCGCCCUUUCUCGGCCCCGUCAUCGGGCCCAUCGUCGGCGGAUUCGUCGCAGAAUACCGCUCUUGGCGAUGGGUGUUUUGGGUCCAAUUCUUCUUCGGGCUCACCAUGUGUCUCCUCUCCCUCAUCCUCGUGCCCGAGACAUACGCGCCGACACUACUACGCCGCAAAGCGCGGCGGCUGCAGCGCGCCUCGGAAGACGCGGGCAUCCCAGCGGUCUACAUCGCGAAAUACGACCGCAUCAAAAAGUCCCCUGCGCAGGUCCUCCGCACAAACCUCGUACGCCCGUUCCAGCUGCUCUUCCGCGAGCUCAUCGCGGCCUGCCUGGCGAUCUACGGCGCGGUGAUCUACGGCACGCUGUACCUGUUCUUCGAGGCGUUCCCGAUCGUCUUCGGCGCGCGCGGCUGGAGCCUGUCCAUGGUCGGCCUCUCGUUCCUUGGCAUGGGUGUAGGCCUGCUGCUCGGCAACGCGUCCACGCCCCUCUUCGACCGGCGGUACGCGCGCGCGGCGGCGCGCGCCGCGGCACAGGGGCGCGAGACGCCCCCCGAAGCCCGCCUCCCCGGGUGCGCGGUCGGCGCCACCGCCCUCCCGAUCGGCCUCUUCGUCUUCGCGUGGACGUGCACACCAAACGUGCACUGGAUCGUGCCGAUCAUUGCCUCCGUCCCCUUCGGCCUCGGCUUCCAGCUCAUCUUUACCGGCAUGCAGCUCUUCCUCAUCGACGCGUACCAGCUGUACGCGGCCAGCGCGCUCGCGAGCAGCGCCGUGCUCCGCGCCCUCGCCGGCGCCGUGUUCCCGCUCUUCACGGAGAAGAUGUAUACCCGCCUCGGCGUGAACUGGGCCGGCACCCUCGUCGCGUUUCUCUCGCUUGCGUGCGCGCCCAUGCCCUUCCUCUUCUUUCGGUAUGGCGCGUAUCUCCGCCGACACUCGAAGUAUGCGCCCUCUGGACCCCAGGAUGGGUCGGGGAGCGAGUGUGCCGACAAAGCGCCCCAGCCGGCCGAGGACGAGGCGCUCGAGCCCGAGUAUGCGCCGGACGCAGGGGAAAAAGCGGGUUUGGAUGAGCUGUGCCUAAUUGGCCCAUAA